AUGGGGUUCCUCAAGUUACGUUCUAUAACCACCACACCCCUCGAGGACUACAGGACCACCACACCCCUCGAGGACUACCCAGGACCACCACACCCCUCGAGGACUACCCAGGACCACCACACCCCCUCGAGGACUACCCAGGACCACCACAACCCUCGAGGACUACCCAGGACCACCACACCCCUCGAGGACUACCCAGGACCACCACCCCUCGAGGACUACCCAGAACCACCACACCCCUCGAGGACUACCCAGGACCACCACACCCCCCUCGAGGACUACCCAGGACCACUACACCACUUCGAGGACUACCCAGAACCACCACACCCCUCGAGGACUACCCAGGACCACCACACCCCUCGAGGACUACCCAGGACCACCACACCCCUCGAGGCUAUCCAGGACCACCACACCCCUCGAGGACUACCCAGACCACCACACCGCCUCGGGGACUACCCAGGACCACCACACCCCCUCGAGGACUACAGAACCACCACACCCCCUAGAGGACUACGGGACCACCACACCCUAGAGGACUACCCAGGACCACUACACCACUUCGAGGACAACCCAGAACCACCACACCCCUCGAGGACUACCCAGGACCACCACACCCCCUCGAGGACUACCCAGGACCACCACACCCCUCGAGACUACCCAGGACCACCACACCCCUCGAGACUACCCAGGACCACCACACCCCUCGAGGACUCCAGGACCACCACACCAUACCCACAAGGAUCACAGCCUCGAGAAUACAUAUGCCCGCCACUCGGAGCCAGACUAGCAGCUCUCCACCUCCUAAUCCCCCGACUUGGUCACGCAGUUUGUCGACCUGUUGGCUAA